UCUACAGAAGAAGAAGUAGAGAAAGAGAGACGGGAGAAGAAAAAAAAGAAGAAAUCUGAAGAAGAAACAGAGACCCAAAGUGACAGAGGAAGAAGCUGAAGGUGGGUGAUUUUUCUGAUUCAGACAAGCAUGGAAUUUUCUUCUGAUUCAGACAAGGAAAAGGUAAUGUCUGAUUUCCCUCUGAGCGAAGACGAUAUGAUUUAGUUGGAAAUGGAACAAGAUCUGGAAAAGUCUAUUGAUAGUGAUAACACUAGUAGUUCCACGGAUCCAGAGGGGUUAUAGAUUAGAGUUCGUAGAAGAUGUCGUGUACAAGAAAGAUUUUUUAGCCGUGUCCAUCUAAAUUUGUAUAAAAAUAGUCGGCCUUAUAUCUCCAAAAGAGAACCAAAAGAACUCCUCGCUGAAGAAAGUUUUAAUUUUGCAGUGGAAACUCUUAAAAUUUGUCCAGAGAUCUUAAAGUAUAACGCUUUUGAACUUUAUGAUUUUUGUGGAAAGAUGUUCAUGGUUCUGAAGACUCAGAGCCUACCUGAAUCAGACUUGUUGCCAGAAGAAAAAUUAGUUCAAAGUUAAAAGAUGGUGCUGGUUUUAUAAGGGAUCAAUGUGGUUAUCUACUUUGCUGGACUUUCGGGAUCUGUGACACGAUCAGUUGUGAACGUGUGGUGACACGAUCUGUGACUCAAGUUUACAAGUUACCAACGUUACAACACACUUUAAAACAAAUCAAUCCUGCACAAACUGGAUGUCCCCUCUUCAAGCGUUGCAAAGUGUGUUGUAACGUUGGUAACUUGUAAACUUGAGUGAUGGGACACAUGAUUCUGUCGUUUAGAAGUGGCCCACAACAAUCAAAAUCCUUAAUCAUGUCUGGUUCUGCUCUCGGGAUCCCAUAUUUUUUGACAUACAUUAAACCUGAUUCGAUGUUGUACCCAUAACAGCGAUGCUUCUCAUCACCUGGGAGAUCUCUCUUGUAGGUUUUUGGAGAGGCAUUUUGACAUAAAAAGAGGGGCAUAAAGGGAUGAAUUCGCUAUCCACGCCAUUCACCACACGUUCGCAACUGAUCGUGUCACAGAUCCCGAAAGCCCAGCAAAGUAGAUGACCACAUUGAUCCCUUAUAAAACCAAAACCAUCUUUUAACUUUGAACUAAUUUCUUCUAGCAACAAGUCUGAUUCUGGUAGGCUCCUAGUCUUCAGAACGAUGAACAUUUUUCCACAAAAAUCAUAAAGUUCAAAAGCAUUAUACUCUGAGAUCUCUGGACAACUUUUAAGAGCUUCCACUGCAAAAUUAAACCUUUCUUCACCGAGGAGUUCUUUUGCUUCUCUUUUGGAGAUAUAACACCGACCAUUUUAAAACAAAUUUAGAGAGAUAGGGCUAGGAAUUCCUUCUUGUACCAGACUCAUUCUGGUAGGCUCCCAGAAGAAGCAGAAGAGGAUGGAUGUUGCGUUGGAUGAAUCUCGUUCUAGGAAAUCCUCAUUUAGGGAUGAAUACUAUUCCAAACCUGUGAAGAAGGACUCUUACUACUUGGAUACUCUUCCUGCUUCUGCUUCUAUUCGCAGUAUGAAUGUUCCUCGCUAUAAACUUGACAAUGCUCAGAGAGUUCUUGGGUCAGGUUCUCUGGGUAGUUCUAUGCUUGACCCAGAGACUGAUACUGAUUAUUUGGAGUGGACACCAGAGUCUCGGGAACGCUAUUGGUUUUUAAAAAAUGCAGUCACAGAACGCAGCAAGAAGACCAAGCGUAUUCGCUUAUCUGCUUCAAGAGAAGCUACUGAUUCUUCUUCCUUUGAUCAUUUCAUCCCACUGGAGGAAGAUGUUUUAUCAAAGGACUGAAUGAUGGAAGAAGCAUCGUGGGAGGAUUACGUGCUGAAUAAAACGCUAGAGUUUAACAGACUGACGAGGGAGCAUCCCCAUGAUGUAAAAACGUGGCUAGCAUUUGCUCAUUUUCUAGACCGGGUUUUAAGUACGCAAGUUAAUAAAGGAGAUCGCCUGCAGACUUUAGACCAGAAGAUUAGUAUACUUGAGAAGGGUUUUGAACUUGACCCAGAUAACGAAGAACUGUUUCUUGCACUUUUCGAGACUUGCGGAAGCAGAGACAGCACAGAUCUAUUAAUCAGUAGAUGCAAAAAGGCACUUAUGCAGAAUUCCGCUAGCUACAAGUUAUGGAGGGAGUUGCUACAUGUUCUUCAAGAAGAAUUUUCCAUAUUCAAAGUCUCUGAAGUGAGAAAUACGUAUUCUUUGGCGAUCUCGGCUCUUUCUUCUGCUUGCAGCAAGCCACAUGGACAGGAGGAUGCAACACCUAAACCAUUGGAUUCUGCUGCCAUCCAGCAGGAACUCCUUUUAGUUGAUAUGCUAGUUAGCCUCUGCAGGUUUGAGUGGCAGGCUGGCUACCAGGAGCUGGCCACAGCGUUAUUUCAAGCUGAAGUGGAAUUUAGCAUUUUCUGCCCAUCUUCGUUGCUUACUGAACAGAGUAAAAUAAGAUCGUUUAAGGACUUUUGGAGCAGUAAUGGUGCUAGAGUUGGAGAAGAAGGAGCUUUUGGAUGGUCAUUGUGGCUGGAGAAAAAGGAGGAAAACAGGCAUAAAAUUUUGGAAGUAGAAUCCCCUGAUGACAAUGGGGUAGGUGGUUGGACAGUCUCAGGUAGAAAUGGAGAUAGUAUUGCUUCAGCUAACACUGUAGAGGUCGGUGUUGAUCGGGAGGGUCUGGAUGAGGAUAUAGAAGACGAGAUUAGCAAACCUGGAGAUGAUACUGAAGCUAUGCUAAAGCCUGUCAGUGCUGCGGUCGAUGAUGAGGUUAAAAAUACAUCAACUUGGGUUAAAUGGUUUGAAGAAGAGGUUUCUCGAGAUUGCAGUCAAUGGAUGCCUACUCGGAAAACUGGUAUCUAUCACUACCUUUUACCAUCAUUAUCUCUGUAUCGUUUUGUUCAUCUUUUCUCUUGGAGCAUACAAAGGUCUAAUUGUGUCUACUGGCUUGGCUUUUGUCCAAGUGGGACUAAUCCAUGGACUUCCAGCAACAGUUUGUCGUGGAGUGAGAAAAUAAGUACCCUUGAAACAUUGUCAGGUUCUAUGCUAGAAAACUUGAGAAGUGUACAUGAAUGUUUGUCGAAAUCAGAUAGUGCCUACGGGUUCAGCUUGGGAUCUCUUUUAGGUGGCAGCUGUGACAUAUCUAUGCGGACUGCGAUGAUGAAAUUUCUCCGCAAUGCCAUCUUGCUUUGUCUAAAUGUUUUUCCCCACAACUACAUUCUGGAAGAAGCUGUGCUUGUUGCAGAAGAGCUAUUUGUAACAAAUAUGAAAACAUGUGAGGUAGCAACUACACCAUGCCAAGAUUUGGCCGAUCGUCUCCUGGAAAAUUACCAGCAGGAUCUAUCACAUUGUGGAGUUAUUGCACUGCGACAAGCUGCUUCUGGAAAUAUGAACCGUGCAAGAGAACUCUUCGACAUGGCACUGACUUCUAUCUGUGGCCUCUCUAAGGGAUUACAGUACAACGCUUCGUUGCUAUGUUUAUGGUAUGCUGAAUUGGAAUUAGCCAAUAGCGGUAGGGAUACAGAAUCAUCAUCUCGUGCUAUGCACAUUCUGUACUACCUGGGAAGUGGUCUAGCUUAUAUUCCUUAUACUUCCGAGUCUUUAAGCAUGCAAAUCCCUAGAGCACGCCAAGGGUUUAAAGAGAAGCUUGAGAAGAUAAGAUCAGCAUGGUCUAGUGGUGUCACUGAUGAUAAACCAGCAGCGCUUGUUUGUUCGGCAGCUCUAUUUGAGGAGUUAACAAAUAACCUUCCUGGUGCUGUUCAGAUCCUAGAGCACAUAAUCAGUUCUGUUCUUCCAGGAAGAGAAAGCAAAAGUCAUCAACUUGAACUCUUGUUCAAUUAUUAUGCGAGAAUGCUUCAGAGACACCAGGACGAUCGAACUUUCUCACAACUUCGGAUCCCCAUAUCAGACGGACUGAAACUGUAUCCUCUCAAUCCGGAGCUUUAUCGAGCUUUGGUGAACAUCUGUAGUCACCGUACGACAUCCCAUAGACUGAGAAUGAUGUUUGAUGACUAUUCCCGCAAGAAUUCAUCUGUCGUUGUUUGGCUAUUGGCACUUUCUUAUGAGUUGAAUAAAGAAGACUCCUCACACAGAAUCCGUGGAUUGUUUGAAAGGGCUUUUGCACAAGAUACACUAAACAAGUCGGUCAUUCUAUGGCGUUGCUAUAUUGCAUAUGAGAUCGACAUCGCAAAAGAUUUAGAAGCAGCUGCAAAGAUUUACUACCGAGCUAUACAUGCAUGCCCAUGGUCGAAAAAACUAUGGCUGGAUGGGUUUAGGAAGCUGAGCUCAGUUUUGACGGUGGAACAGAUGUCACCGUUACAAAAACUGAUGCUGGCCAAGGAACUGAACAUUAGGACAGAUAUUCACGAGAUUAUGCAGGGAUGAGAUCAUUAAAAAUGUAUAUACAGUUAUGCUCUGUUCUGGAACAUUAGGACAGAUAUUCACGAGAUUCCUUAUGCACAGGGAUGAGAUCAUUGAAAAUGUAUAUACAGUUAUGCUCUGUUCUGGAACAUUAGGAUUUAGGACAGAUAUUCACGAGAUUCUUGUUAUGCAGGGAUGAGAUCAUUGAAAAUGUAUAUAUAGUUAGUUAUGCUC